AUGACCUUCACUCCUAUGGUUCGCCACGGCACUGGUCCCAGAUACCGACUUUUCCCUGCCCCCAUGUUCAGUGCGGAGGCCAACUCCCCAAUGGUGCCCUCGGUUGAGCUCAUCAAGGCGAGUCACAAAAAGGAGGACGAACACCCAGGGCUACAGGACGAAUACCUCGGCACCGAAGACGAAUAUACCGGCACUGAAAGCUCUUCUAGUGGUUCGGCUGCCUCUGAAGGUGAUAAAGAGAGUGUCAACUCCAAGGACCGCUACGGUACCCCGGGGGAGUACCUCGAGACCGAGGAUGAACACUCCGCGACUGAGGAUAACCACUUCGGCAGCGAAAGCCAUAUCAGCGAGACCGGUAUCUCCGAAGAUGACGACGACCACAAUAACGACCCCGACAGAGACGUUCCUGAUCGUAUUCCUGCUACUAAGAGAGCUCGGAAAGUAGCCGCUCGUACUGCCACCCCUGCUGCUGCCAACGGCGGGAAGAUCGCCAAGAGAGGUGCAAAAGACAACAAGAGCACACGCACUCAAAAGCGCAUCAAGGCCGAGCCUUCCACCUCCGACGAGGAGCGCGAGGAUAUCGACGACUCUGCCCAGGAGGUUGACGCGGCUGAGUACAAUGCGAAAAGGAAACGCAGCAGGAUUGAUAACGACGAUUCCGAGCCCUACAGCUCCGAUAAUGCUCUCGCGAUCUUUAUUGACGGGUAUGGCUUUGAUGUUCCAGUGGAUCCGGUUGAGUGCUUCCAUAAGGUGCGGAAGCACGUUCUUAAAGCUUACCGCAGGGUUGCGGCAAGAAGAGGGACUAAGAAAGAUCUGGCUGUGAGAGCGGCUGAGGAGAGUACCGGCGGGGAUCUGGAGGAGGGUAGGAAGGUGAAGAAGUACCGCGCGGCAGCUGCGAAUAACGGGAAGCAGGGUGAUACUGUUAAGGGUGGUGCCAUUGCGAGUGAUGGAGAGCGUAGGGCUAUGGGGUUGAGCAUUAUGCUCUGA